AAAGCACAUGUGAGAAUACCAGGCAACAUGGCUUCGUGCAGUAUAGAAGACGUGCUUGCUAAGGCUGAGAAAGAUGAGGCCGAAAAGCUCAAAAGUAUUACAGUUCAAAAGGAUUUGGAUCUCGAAUUUGAUCCGGGUCAUUUACUUGCGUUUGAUAAGAACCGGAUAGACACGCGGGAAUUUAAAGGAAACAACCGGGAGGAUCUUCUUCGGUCUUUGGCAAGAGAAAACACGCAACUGCUCAUCAACGAGUUAUGGAAACUUCCAACAGAGAGAGUUAAAGACGUGAUCGUGGCCAAACUCCCAGAGCCGACCACUCCUCUGCCCAGAGAAAAGCCUCCACCUAAACCAAAGCCUCCUACAAAAUGGGAGCAGUUUGCGAAGCUGAAAGGCAUUCAGAAGAAGAAGAAGACCAACUUGGUGUGGGAUGAAGUUCACAAGGAAUGGAAAAGGCGAUGGGGGUACAAACGUGCCAAAGAUGACACCAAGGAAUGGUUGAUAGAGGUGCCGGAGAAUGCAGAUCCCAAGGAAGACCAGUUUGCAAAGAAGAACAUGGCCAAGAAGGAGAGGGUGGCGAAAAACGAAUUCAACAGACUCAAAAACAUUGCCAGAGCUCAGAAGAUCAAGGUGCCAGGCAUGGGCCUCGCACCCACAUCUCGUCAAUCGAAAUCAGAGCUGGCACAAGCUGCGAGCGUUGCAAAGAUAUCCAACGCCUCUGUUGGUAAAUUUCAGGAGAACCUGCCCAAGGAGAAGACACCCAGAAAUACUGGGAAAAGGAGAAAGUUCCAGCCUGUCAUUGGUGACUUUAGUGGCGAGAGGCAAAAACAGCUGGAUUUAUUGAAACUAAUGGGCAGCAAAAAGCCACGUCUUGACAUCACCAAAGCAGUCAAUAAACAAAUGAGGGAAGAGGACAUGGACUCAUCUGAAAAGAAGAAGAAAGGGCCUGGAAAGAAGGGGCGCAAAGGAAACAUGUCUGGUAAAGGAAAGGGUAACUUUAAAGGCAGGGCUGGUGGAAAAGGAAAGGUUCCUAAAGGUAAAGGCCGCAAACCGCCCACAAAACAAGGAAAGCGCUAAAACGUCAAGCACAGUGGACUCAAGAACUCAUUUAAUAAAAUACAUGUAUGUAAUGUACCAACCCAUGUGACAGAAGUCCCUCAUGGUGCUUUGGUCCUGGACUUGGAUUUUACAGUAUUGCACAAUAUGUUUAAGCAGAUUUUCAUGUUGCUAUUGUUCUGUAAAAAGUUCAAAAUGUACAAUUGUCAAUGUUGUGCUGAAAAAAGAGUAAUUGAUAACCCCCAAAUGUGUAAUUUAAUUUCACUGUUUCAUAAAGUGUGUUUGCAAUAAAUUUAAAGCAGUAAAAUCA